AUGAAAUGUAAAAAGUUGGCAGGCGAUGCCGUAAGAUAAUAGAAACAUGCAUUUUUCUAUACCAGACACGCAGGACCUGGGCUCGCCCACGUACACUGUGUAUAAUAUACACAUAAAUGGGAGUUAUCAUUGUUGCUUGCGGUACAAGCAACUGCAUUCUUUAAACGAGCAAAUGCGUCGGCAUUGCUCCAGCUUGAGUCUGCCUCCUUUUCCCCCAAAAAGGUUUCUACCGCUAACUAAUGGACAGCUGGAGGCCAGACGCAGUGGUCUGGAGCAGUAUUUGCAGAUCAUUGGUCAGGAUGCACGCCUUGUUCGAUUGCCGUUUCUACAUCAGUUCUUCCAGCGUGCCCAGCUGGAUACGGCACUGGCCGAGGGCAAUGUGGGAAGCGACAGCGAGGAAAAGCAGCUAGAGGUAGAGGUCUACACAAAUCCGAAUGGAGCACAGUUGCUGGUUAAUUGUAAUGUGCAGCAGAAUGCCAGUUUGUUACUGAAGAGCGUGUGCCGUGAACUGAAGCUCCCAGAAGAGCUGAUGAAGUUGUUUUGUCUGUACCUGAUGCGCAAAAAGCGGGAAUCUGACGAGCUGGUUCUGGUGCGACGCCUAAUGGACUUCGAGUCGCCAUACAUAACACGUCUCCAUGCCCAGCCCUGUGAGCUGUUGCUUCGCACGUGUUACUGGGAUUCGAGCUGGGAUGCCAAGCUAUACGGAAAUAAAGUGGCCCUGAACUUGCUGUAUAACCAGACCGUGGCGGAUGUGAGUAGAGAAUGGGUUGUGAUCUGCUCGCCUGGCCUUGGACGGCAAUUGAGCCAUCUUCAGAUGCAAGGGCGGUCUUUGGAAUACAUGGACAUAGCGCGAGACUUGCCCUCCUACGGAUGCCUGCAGUUUGAGGCGGCGAAUGUUGACUAUCCUGACCCGAAAACUAUGGCUUUGGUCAGCAUUGGUAACAAGGAGCUCAGCUUGCGUACGGCACGAGGCGCCAAGAUAUACGAGACAAAGUUUCGGGUGACUAGGAUGCGCUCAUGGCGUGUCAGUGUGACCCACAAUACGCUGGAGUCGAGGCUUGAGCCCUCACAGUUGCAGUUGGCAUUUGAGUAUUUGAUUUCGAAGCAAACGCUUCGCUGGAUAACUAUAAGCAGUGAACAGGCCAUGCUGAUGUCUGUAUGCCUGCAGGCCAUGGUGGAUCAGUUGUUGCACGGCGGAGGCGGGAAAACAGAUCAGAAUAGCGAUGAUGAACCGGACGCGGGAGCUACAUCGGCCGCAUCAACACCCAGCUCGGUAUCAUCGACAUCGACUUGUGCAUCUACGUCGUAUUCGACAACGACAGCGUCUAUAACAACGCCGCCAGUCAAGUUUCUGGCACAGGACCUGGCUCCCAAAUCAAAACAGCAGAGACUAACGACGUCCCGCACUUUUGGAGCUGUGUUCUUUCGCAACGAUGGGGAGGACGGUGCACGUGUGGCCAACGAAGCGUUUGAGGGUAUUGGGGACGACGAUCUCUGAAUAACGCUAGCCAAAUGAAUGGGUGCCAAACUAGUUGAAUUUCUUGAAUAUAUAACUAUCCGCAUGUUUUGUAACCACUGUAAUGUAAUUGUUAGCAACACAAAUCGAACCGGCACAUUUAAAGUAA